AUGUCAACUAUUAGCCAGAUAAUCUUCUCAAGCCCCCAGCCUCCAGCUGAAGGACGAAUUGUACAGGUCAAAGGUGAACAUAUUCACAUCCUAGUUGAACUACCUGUCUCGACUACUGCUUCUUCUCGCCGCGAACAGGAAUUACUUGACCAAGUUGCUUCGCUACAGGCAUUACUCAACAAGUCUGUGCAUGAGUUCAAAGUCGUUGUUAGUCUAAAACGAAAGGCAUACCAAUGGUCUGUGAAUAUCGAACAAGCAACCCUCAAAGACAUCAAAACAUCAAUUUGCGAUAUGUACCAUCCACCUGCGCUUGAAAAUGAUGGAGCGGAACUCAACUUCAUGAAAGACGGCUCAGGAAGAAGUUCACCCAGGAACGAUGUCGCAUUCCGAGAUAUGUUACGCUUGUUAGUAUCAAAAAACAAUCUUAAGUUUACUGUGGUCAUAGAGACUCCCUUGAAAGCUUUCUCAGAUUGGACAUUCCCAAAGGUGUGUCAGCUUUACGGGCUUGGUGAAUCAGAUGAUCCAACAAUGGAAGUCUUCCCUGUUUUCUCGUGUGUCAUUUUUGGACUGAAUGGACAUGGACCUCUCGAUUUCACGAUUGACUUGCGCCAAACAGCAAAAACGGUUGGAGUCACAGAGGUAAAAAAAGAUGAUUUUGUGAAAGGUGUUACUCAAUGCGUGGUUCAGCUCGAGUCAUCAUUAUCGAAUCGUAAGCGCAAGAUUAAUGAAAUGGAAGAGGAUCAACCGACUUUCAGAAGAGUUUUUGGGAUAGUUACUGAUGCUGAAAAAUUCUAUUUCAUGGAAUGUACAAUGGAUGACCAAGACAGGCCAAACUUCAAACUAUCGGAACUGAUGGUGGUUGUAUAUAAAGACGAGAAUUUGGAAACUAAGGUGGAAAAGGUCCUUGGGCAUAUUGUAUGGAGGCGCAGAAGCCCGACUCAGCUAGGAUAG